AUGUCUGGGGAUAAGCGAUGGCAACAGCAAAGUGUAUUUGAGAUACCGCUGAAUGGAACUAAUUCGUCAUCACAACAUUUUGCAAAUGUCAAGUACUGCAUCUCUGAGGAAAUUAGAUUGUAUAGUUUAACCUCUAGUCAGACUCGACGAAUAUCAUUUCUAGCAAAAGACAUCUUUGAUGAUUUGAAAACUAAAAUUCGAACAGACAUUUAUGAGUUCUUCGGUUAUCUUUUUGUGCUGAUUGGUUUACGCUGGAGUAUUGUGAUCAUAAGGAACAGCAUUUUUGCGAUCAUGGCCAAAAAUGCUGAAGAGGCUGCUCUGGAAUACAGGCAAGCACUGGAUGAUUUAAAAGACAACAACAAAAUGCAGAUUAAUUUCAAAAGUGGAAAUUAG